GCUAAACUCUCCCUUAACAUUUCAUCAUCCUCCACUCUUCCCCACUUUCCACUUUCUUUUUCCCGGCGGCAAAUCCUCCGCCCGGUUUUCUCUCCCGAAUCACACCCAUCAAUGGAAACAUCUUUAAAGCCUCGCGAAAUUCACAAUCCGCCUCUAAUGUCUUCUUCCCCUGACAGCCUUAGAACUAACAGCUCAAGCAGCAGCAGCAGUAGCACCACCCACAGCAAUGGCCUCCCGCCGCCGCCGGUGCAAUCCCAGCGCCCGCCUGUACUGCCAGUCACCAGAUCCGAACCCAAUAAUCCGUUCCCAACCACCUUCGUCCAAGCCGACGCUUCCUCUUUCAAGCAAGUAGUCCAAAUGCUCACCGGAUCCUCCGAGACGGCCAAGCUCGCCACCGCAUCCACCCGGCCCGAACCUUCCAGAAACCCGAUCCCGCCCGUCAAGACCGGCACGAAGAAGGAAAAGUCCGGGUCAAGGCUAUACGAGCGGAGAAACAGCCUGAAGAAUUUCAAAAUCAACCCGUUGGGUCCGGGCGGGUUCGGGUUAUGCGGUUCCCCCCGACCAGGAACGCCGGAUUUAUUGUCGCCGAGCAUGCUCGAUUUCCCGUCGUUGGUGCUUAGCCCGGUCACUCCACUGAUACCCGACCCGUUUAACAGACCCCCCACUCUGAACAUGGAGGCUGAAGAUAAGGCAAUAGCCAAAAAAGGAUUCUACUUGCAUCCGUCUCCGGCGAGCACUCCGAAAGAUUCAGAGCCCCGACUCUUACCACUGUUCCCACUCACCUCUCCUAGAGUCUCAGAUUCUGCUCAUUCUAAUUCUUAAGUGAGUUAUUUUUUUUUUGUUUCCAUCAAUCUUCUGCUAUAAUUAAGAAUGUAUCAGUUCUUCUUCAACUGAGUCUUGAUGUAAGAUUCAUAGCUAUAAAUCUCAUAGAUAUGAAGUAGUAUUAUGUGCUGUAUCUGUUAUGAACAACUUGAAAAAUAAUUAAAAAAUUGCAUCAAGUAUAAAUAAAAUACUUGUUGGUGAUUUUGUUGGUUA